UCAGGCUGAGUUGCCAAGGAGACGGGAGCCGUGUUGCUCGUCACCGCUAGCCGUUAGAGCAGCCGUUAGCUUCGGGGAGAACACAGGAGUUUCGGCGCCGCAUGUCCUGCUUUAGGAGGACAACUGUGUCAUGGCAGAGCUCCACAUUAUAGGACAGAUCGUUGGGGCCAGUGGUUUCCCGCAAAGCAGCCUAUUUUGCAAAUGGGGAGUCCAUACGGGAGGAGCAUGGCGGCUCCUGUCCGGGCUGAAGGAGGGUCAGACUCAGGUAGAUCUCCCCCAAACCGGAGACAUGGCGUACUGGAGCCACCCCAUUGAUCUGCACUACGCGACCAAGGGGCUCCAAGGCUGGCCGAAGCUUCACCUCCAAGUGUGGCACCAGGACUCUUUCGGACGCUGCCAGCUGUACGGCUACGGCUUCUGCCAUGUCCCCUCCAGCCCCGGUCACCACCGGAUGAGCUGUGCGACCUGGAGGCCUCUGGGCUCCUGGCAAGAGCAGCUAGCACAAAUGUUUGUCGGCGGUGGUCCCCAGCUCCGCAACCCGGACCUCAUAUACAGCGGGGCGGACAGAUACAGACUGCACACCGAAGCCAUGGGGACCGUGGAGCUGGAGCUCGGCGUUAUAAUGAGACACUUUGACAAAUAUGGCGUCGAGAGCUGAGACGUCGAAAAAACUUAAGGGACUGUUUACAUGUUGUGCAGCCUUGUAUUUCCUUGUUAACUUGUUUUGAAUACAGUUUUGUACAUUUUUUUAUUAAGUUGCUUUAAUAUUUUUUACAAACUAGCUAUUACCUAUGUGUAAAUAAAGAAACUAUAGUCUUAACGAA